GAGUAUGAACUUGGCGAUGCCUUUAGGGUCAACGAGUCAAAUCCAAUAUCGAAUGGUAACCAUUGGAUCGAUUUGCUGACAAUAAUUUUGUACACCGCCAGAUAAUUUCUGAGAAUUUGCUUCUCGCAAUCCCAUCACACGCCGGUUUUUCUCCCAAGAACCCUUUCCCAGUUUUGCAACUUGCUAUCACAACCUCUGCCGCAUUCAAUCUCUCGAAAACUGGGACAAAUCGAUAGAAUCAGCUCAAAUUCUUCGAAUCCCAGUUCCAUUUCAUCCAUGGCCGACCAUCCUGAUGAUUUACACGAACUUCUUGAUAGUGCUUUGGACGAUUUUCAGAAAUUCGACCUUAGUCCUUCCGUUUCGAGAAGUGGAGAUGGGGCGGAGAGUAGGGCGGUUCUCCCUUCUGGGGUUCAAGGUUUAGGGAUGGGUUUGCCUGACCUAAGGAGCAAGAAAAAAGGGAAGCAAAAAGUUUCGAAGGAAUCGCAUGUCUCUGAGGCUCUUGAUAAGCUCAGAGAACAGACCAGAGAGGCUGUGAAGGGGCUUGAAUCAGUGACUGGUCCUAAACCUGGUGUUGAAGAUUUUGGUAAAGAUGCUUUGAUGGAAGAUUGGGUGAAGCAGUUCGAGGAGAUGGCUGGCUCUCAGGACAUGGAAUCCAUUGUUGAGACCAUGAUGCAACAACUUUUAUCCAAAGAGAUCCUCCAUGAACCCAUGAAAGAAAUAGGAGAAAGAUAUCCCAAGUGGUUGGAGGAGCAUAAAGCAAGUUUGAGCAAAGAAGAAUACGAACGCUACUCUCAGCAAUACGUACUGAUAAAAGAUCUCAACAUCGUGUACGAACGUGAACCCGACAACUUCAGUAAAAUCGUUGAGCUCAUGCAGAAAAUGCAAGAAUGUGGUCAGCCACCAAAUGACAUCGUGCAAGAACUGGCACCUGAUUUCGACUUAACGAAUCUUGCACAACUAUCUCCAGAGAUGUUGGAGUCUCAGGCAAAUUGUUGUAUAAUGUGAGGUAAUGGUGUAAUGCUUUUGGAUG